AGGUUUUGCACUCGCUAAAUCUCUCUUCUCUUCUUCUCCCUUAAAAUCUUCUCUUGAUAAUCCUACAAAAAUCAAACUCUUUGGAUCUUGUACUUGGAUCUUUAUGGGCGUUGAGAUGUUGAAACUGAAAUUGAUGCCUAGCUCAUUCCGUCGGCGCGUGAUCUUACGCGCCCUCGUGAUCGUUUGCGCUUUCUCUGUUGUAUCCGUUUUGCGAAUCCUCGGCGGAGCUUACCAAGGAGAGAAUAGUAAUACUCAGCCAUGUAAGGUUGAUGAAUGCGCCGUGAAUUUCGCGUUUCUGGGUCCGUUCCUCUUCUCAGGCAACGGAUUAUUAUCCAACAGGUUCUUGAAACCUGUUUUGAACUAUUUGGAGUCAGAGAAAUGUAAGGAAAACAUUUAUUUGACUACUGAAGUUGUCAGAGAGCUUGCAGGUAUGAAUCUACUGAGUAAUGAUUCGAAAGCUCUUUGCAUUGGUCGGAGAUCGGUUUCAGCUGUUCUUGCGAUGAAUCGACAAGGGAUCUCUGAUGUUAGUGUGGCUUAUAUGCCACCGGUUUUCGCUUUCAAGCAUAGGAAGUUCACAAGUGAGCUACAUUAUGAGGAUGCUUCUUUUGGCUUUGUGUUUUCUAUGGAUCUUGAGACAGUUGCUGUCCCUGCUUCUCUUGUUUAUGAGAUUGAGCGUAUACUUAAGCCCGGUGGAACCGGGGCUAUGCUUGUAGGUACUACUAGUGGGUCUGACUCAAAUGGGUUGGUUAGAUCGGUUUCGCCUGUUUCUUCAUUGCUGAAGAACUCGAGUGUGGUUCAUGUUGCUUCCUUGGGUGAACAGGUUUUGGUUGUGUUCAAGAAAGAUGGAGAAGAUAGUUUCCGCUUGGAUCAAACUCAUCAUGACCUCCCGGCUGAUUGCUCGUCCGUUCUCAAAAACCAGCCAUACAUUGGAUUAUUGGAGCCUCUUCUGGAGGAAAAACGUUCGGAUUUCGAGAGACGGAUUCAUUACUUGCCUGAGUUCAUUGAUCUCUCUUCUAGGAAGAGGCUGGUUUAUAUUGAUAUUGGGGCAGCGGAUCAUGUGAAAGCGAGGUCGAACUGGUUCUUCCCAUCGUACCCAAUCGACAGGAAAGCUUUUAAUAGCUACUUUGUGCAUCACAACACAUCUAUCUUGACUUCUUAUGUCAAAAGCCCUGGCGUAACCUUCAUCUAUCAUCCAGGACUCGCAGCAACUAAAACUACAAUAGCCAGUCUUGGAGAUCAAGAAGAACCUUUUGUGGAAGAUGAUAGCUUUGAUUUUCUAGCAUGGUUCAAGGAAACAGCGAGCUUCGCUGAUUUUGUGGUUCUGAAGAUGAACACAAGCAAUACUGAGCUGAAGUUUCUCUCAGAGCUGAUAAAGACAGGAGCGAUCUGCUCAGUUGAUGAACUGUUUCUUCACUGCACAGGCUACAGAGACUGCACUGGUAUCUUUAAAAGCCUCAGAAACAGUGGCGUUUUUGUCCAUCAGUGGUGGGAAGACUAAUAAGCUCAACAAAUGGAGCUUUAAAAACUAAAACUAUGUUGUUUGGUAAGUUUGUUAUGUUAUGUUUUUCUGUUGCUACAAUCUUUGCUCAUGUAUAGAGCAAAGCCGCAGAAGUUUGCUCCAGCGACCCAGCACUUCUGUGGUUCUAAAUAAGCUGUCGUCGUUAUGAACUUUGUUUUGUGUAUGUGCUUCAAUGGAAGUUUGCUAUGUUGUGUGUUUCUACUGGUUUUGAUACUCUGCUUAUACAACUAAUCACAGGGACCUGAACUCUUUAUAG